UGCCAAAGCAAAUAUAACUAAAAAAAAAAUGUGCAAACACAACAUUCUUUACUUAGUACUACCAUUUUUCAUACUACUUUGCAGUUUUUCUCUAAUAUGUAACGCGGUACAGAGUGACAUAGAUUGUUUGAUGUCGAUAAAAAACUCAUUAGAAGACCCUUUAAACUUCUUGAAUACAACGUGGAAGUUCGAUAAUCAGACAGAAGGUUUUAUAUGUAAAUUUGCAGGAAUACAAUGCUGGCAUCCUGAUGAGACCAGAGUUUUAUCCAUUGUUCUUCCAGACAUGAGACUAAAAGGUGAGUUUCCGCGAGGCAUACAAAAUUGCACUUCUAUAACUUCUCUAGAUCUUUCGUCCAACGAGCUAUAUGGUACCAUUCCUUGGGAUAUAUCAAAAUUAAUCGGAUUUACUGUAAUGCUUGAUCUCUCGAGCAACAAUUUCUCAGGCGCGAUCCCAAGUAACAUUGCAAGUUGCUCUUUUCUUAGUUCCCUCAGAUUAGAAGACAAUACACUAGAAGGUCCAAUCCCACCUGAAGUUGGCUCGUUAGGUCGACUCAAGAACUUUAAUGUGACUAACAACUUGUUAACAGGGCCAGUGCCAAGGUUUAUCAAUGUAACUUUUCAAACUGAAAGUUAUGCAAAUAAUCCAGGACUUUGUGGUGGUCCUCUGAAAGCAUGUGCUACAAAACACGUCGGGUUCCAUCAUAAUAUGUUAAGUACUUUAAUGAACCGUCGUGUACAGUUUGCUUGUGGUUUUGUAACUGGUUGGUCACUUUUUACUGUACUUGGUAUAUAUCUUUUUUUCUUUGGUUUACCUCGCGUAAACAAGAUGCUUCUAUUCAUCAAAAAGAGAACAAAGGUAAUGGUGAUUGAUGAAAAUGAAUGGCCUCGAGGAGAAGAAGUAAACAACGAUCCAAAGGUUUCAAAGAUGGAGAAGAUGGUUACAAGAAUGAGUUUUAUGGAACUAUCAACAGCGACUAUGAAUUUCAGCCAAGACAAUGAAAUAGGAAACGGAAUGCUAGGGAAAGUGUACAAAGCACUGGUCCCAAAUGGAUGGACUGUUGCCAUAAAGAGGUUUCAUGUUUCAGAGGAUUUGGAAGAAGAGUUUGUUUUCGAGAUCACUACUCUAGGUAGUUUGAGGCAUCCGAAUUUGGUGCCUUUAAUCGGCUUUUGUUAUGAGAGGGACGAGCGUAUUCUGGUUUACAAAUACAUGCCUAAUGGAAACCUACAUGAGUGGCUACAUUCAACCAACGAUAAGGCAAGACUCUUGGACUUUCCUCUAAGGGUUAAAAUUGUUUUAGGUAUCGCGAAAGCCCUGACUUGGCUUCAUGAUGGUGGAAAUUUCCAUGUCGUGCAUAAUAACAUAAGCACACAAUGUAUCUUGCUUGAUGAAAAUUUCGAUCCUAAGUUAUCCAAUUUUUGGGAGGCAACACUUGCAAAAACAAAUGACACAGAUUCCAACUUGAGUCUGUUUCCGAUAGUCGAGUCUAUAGACUUCACAACAUACAAAAAAGAUGUUUAUCGAUUUGGGGUUGUGCUUCUCGAGCUUUUAACGAGGAAAGAAUCUUACAUACUGAGCUGCUCGAGUUUAAAUUUGUCGAGCAGCUCUUUUGCCGGUCCUCUUGAUGUGGACAAACUACUGCUAGGCCAAGGAUUUGAUAAUAUGGUAAUGCAACUACUUGAACUUGCAAGUAACUGCAUGAAAUUUAUUCCGGAUCAAAGGCCAACGAUGCAACAAGUAUAUCAGACUGUUACUGCGAUUGCUCGAGUCCAUGAUCAAACAGGGGACUCUGAAAUACAAUUGCACUCGGACUAGAAGCAGGGGCGGAGCCACCAAAGGGACGUGUAGCUUUUGAUCAAAUCAUGUAUUUAUGUUGACGAACCAUUGCAUAUGUAUAAAUAAUCUUUCAACUUUAUUUUAUGAUUGAAUUAAAGAUCAAAAGACACAAUUA